AUGACUCCUACUGAUAAAAAGUCCUACGUUUUUCAGUGCAAAAUUAACGAAAAACCUGCCCAAGCUAUAGCCGGUAAAGGCACUCGUAUCACCAUUGAAAAAGAUGGUAAAAUAUAUAGUGAUAUUAUUGAUGCCGUUACUGGUGCUGCUGUUGGUGCUUUAGGGUGGGGUGAUGAAGACAUCGUCGAUAUUAUUACUGAAGCCGCCAAGACCUCUACCUAUUCUUUCCCAUCUUUGAUUGGUAACAAACAAUCCGAAGAACUGGCUAAAUUUUACAUCGACAAUUCCCCAAAGGAUGCAUUUGCUUCUGCUUUAUGGUGUUGCUCUGGUUCGGAAGCUAAUGAAAGUUGUAUGAAAAUCAUGUACCAGUACUGGUUAGAACGUGGCAAGACAAAAAAAACAAAAUUUAUUGUUCAGAUGAAACCUGAUCUGAAGUAA